AUGCGGUAUUAUGCUGGAGAUGUCGUACGUCAUGUGUGGCCUAAUUGGAAUGCACCCGGAUUGCAACCGGAAUGUCAUUCGGAAUGUCGGAAUGCAGCCGGAAUGCAGCUGGAAUGCAUUCCGAUGACUGUCGAAAUCCGAAUGCAUUCCAGCUGCAUUCCGGCUGCAUUCCGGCUGCAUUCCGACAUUCCGAUGACAUUCCGGCUGCAUUCCAGCUGCAUUCCGGCUGCAUUCUGGGCUGCACAAGUUGGCAAUCUAGAAGAUUUUAAACGUUUACAUCAAGGUGACUUUAAUCGUUUAAACUACAAAGAUGCUGAAGGAAGAACUGUUAUACAUUAUGCAGCGAUAGGAAACCAUAUAAAUAUUUUAAAAUAUUUAGUAAAAUAUAAUGGAGACUUUAAUGUUCAAGAUAAUAUGGGAAAUACACCUCUGCAUUUAGCUAUUGAAAAUGAUUCAUAUGAUGUAAUUGAUUUUUUUCUUAAACUACGUGUUAAAACUAACAUAUUGAAUGAAUAUAAUUUGGCACCAAUUCAUUUAGCCACUGAUUUAAAUAAAGUUCAUGCUUUAAAAAUAAUGGGAAUAUAUAGACUGGACUUUGAUGUUCAUCAGAAAGGAAAUCAUGGAAGGACAUCAUUACACAUAGCAGCUAUUCAUGAUUAUGAAGAAUGCGCGAGAGUUCUUAUAACUGAAUUUGGAGCAUCUCCUAUAAAACUCUGUAACAAUGGUUACUAUCCCAUUCAUGAUGCAGCCAAGAAUGCAAGUUCACGCACAAUGGAAGUAUUUUUGCAGUGGGGUGAGCAACACGGUUGUGGCAGAGAAGAAAUGAUAUGCUUUUAUGAUUCAGAGGGCAAUGUUCCUUUGCAUUCCGCUGUACACGGAGGUGAUAUCAAAGCUGUUGAAUUAUGUCUUAAAUCUGGUGCUAAAAUAUCAACUCAACAACAUGAUUUAUCUACUCCCGUACAUUUGGCUUGUGCUCAGGGAUCAAUCGAUUUAGUAAAAAUAAUGUUCGAAUUUCAACCAAACGAAAAAAAAAAAUGUCUCUCUUGUAAAGACAUACAAAAUAUGACUCCCUUACAUUGUGCAUCAAUGUUUGAUCAUUAUAAUAUUGUGGAAUAUUUAGUAAAUGAAGGAGCUGAAUUAGAAGCAUCGGAUAUUCAAAAAAGAACUCCCUUAUUGUUGGCUGCAUCUCGUGCUGGAUGGAAAACGGUAUAUCAACUCAUUAAAAUGGGGGCAAACAUUGAAUGUAAAGAUAUAAACUCAAAAAAUAUUCUACACACUGUAGUUUUGAAUGGAGGCGAUCUUGAGGAAUUAGUAACUAAAAUAACAGAAGUACAUUCAUUAAAAAGUGUAUUGCUACUGACAAAUGAGAAAGAUAUUUUAGGAUCUUCACCAAUACAUUUUUGUUCUCGAAAAGGAUAUAUACGUUCCUUGAAAUAUUUAUUAAGAUUGGGAGUCUGUAUAAACAUGAAAGAUAACGAUGGCCAAAGUCCGUUGCAUUUUGCUGUUAGGAAUGGACGAUAUAAAGUUUCUCGUCUUUUAUUAGAUUCAGAUAAAGGGGCUUUUAUUAUUAAUGAAGCAGAUGGUAAUGGAUUAACUCCUUUACACAUUGGGGCUCAAGAAGGACAUACGAAAAUUGUACAACUCCUUCUAAAUAGAGGUGCAUUGCUUCAUCGAGAUCAUAACGGAAGGAAUCCACUUCAAUUAUCUGCAAUUGGAGGUUAUUGUCAAACUGUCGAAUUAUUGUAUACAGUACAUUCACAGCUUUUGGAUCAAACCGAUAAAGAAGGGAACACCGCACUUCAUAUGGCCACAAUCGAGAACAAAGCUGAUGUCGUAUCACUUCUACUUACAUUAAAUUGUAAAUUAAUUUAUAAUAACAUAGGUUUAAGUGCAUUUGACUAUGCUAUUGACUAUAGAAACGCGGAUGCUGCUUUAAGCAUGAUAAAUCACGAAAAAAGAUUUACAGAAAUUAUAUCAUUAAGAUCAGCUAAGCAUCCUUGUGUCACGCUUGCCUUGAUUGCAACAAUGCCAAAAGUAUUUGAAACAGUUCAAAACAGGUGUAUUACAUAUGCUAAUUGCAAAAAGGAUUCAAAAAGCUUUUAUAUCAAGUAUUCUUUUGAUGUAUAUCAAAAAACAAAUAUACAAAUAGAGGAAAUCCGAAACAAGAUUGAACAACCACAUUGGCAGCCAGAACCGUUGCAAGUUGUUAGUGCGAUGGUGUUUCAUAGGCGGGUUGAUCUGUUGUCUCACCCGUUAAGUCAAAAGUAUUUACAAAUGAAAUGGAACUCAUAUGGAAAAUAUUUUCACUUUGCCAAUUUAUUUUUCUACGGUGUUUAUCUAUUUUUUGUUACAAUUUACGCUCAACAACUUAUGUAUGGUAGUUCAUUUAAUAUAUCAAAGAACUAUAAAAAUAUUUUUGAAGUAAGCCGUUCAAAACAAAACGGUAGUUUUUUUUUGAACAAUAAUAAUGAAUCAGAAAUGGUGGACAUUUCAUCACUAAUGUUGAUUUGUGGAAGCGGUACUGUUUUAUGUGUAUUAGUAAACAUAUUGAAGGAGUUUCUGCAAUUGUAUCAACAAAAGUUGCAUUACAUUUUUGAACCAAAUAAUUUGUUGACAUGGUUUUUGAACAUCACAACAUGUUUUAUGUUAAUUCCAAUGUACCAAGGUUAUGCUAAUCAUAUUCAUUAUUCUUCAGCAUCCAUAGCAAUAUUUGGUUCAUGGUUCAAUCUCUUACUUUUGUUCCGAAGGUUUGAUCAAAUUGGAAUAUAUAUUGUAAUGUUUCUGGAAAUUCUUCAAACGCUGAUUAAAGUAUUGACCGUUUUUUCUAUUUUAAUAAUAGCUUUUGGUCUUGGAUUUUUUAUACUUUUAUUUAAGCCCAAUCAUUUAUCGUUUGCUACAAUUUCCUUGUCGUUACUGCGAACGUUUUCUAUGAUGUUAGGAGAGAUAGAUUUUAUUGGAACUUAUGUACAACCGUAUUAUCUAGAAGAAUUACCGUUUCCCAUUCCAUCUUUUAUCAUUUUGUGCAUAUUUAUGAUUCUUAUGCCCAUAUUAUUAAUGAACUUAUUAAUUGGAUUAGCAGUUGGCGAUAUUGAAUCUGUAAGGCACAAUGCAAAACUUAAACGUUUAGCUAUGCAAGUUGUCCUCUAUACGGAAAUUGAGCGAAAACUCCCUCAAGCCUGGUUAAAUAAAUUAAAUAAGGUAAAUUUGCUGGAAUAUCCCAAUAAAGAUAUUCAGAAGUUAGAUUUUAUAAGUUUUAUUUUGCGUCCUUGGUUAUCGAACUGCAUGUUUGAAAAAAAACAAGAUCCAGUAUUUUUACAUGAUAAGCAAGAUAAGUUAUUUCAACAGCAAACUGUAGAACAAACAGAAAAUUUACGUGAAAUAUGCCGGAUGUUGGACCAACAGCACCAUCUACUUAUCCUUAUCAUACAGAAAAUGGACAUCCAAACAGAUACAGAUGAUAUUGAUGAAGGAUUAGAAACAUCUAGAAUAUAA